CAUAACACGAGGCGCACAUGUUUUGCAUUGAAUUACGUUUUGCAAGCGCAUGGAAUGAUUCCAUGAUUAAUGAUGUUUUCGAUAUCAAAGAAAUUGAUAACAAAAUUAACAUAGUAAUUUAUGUUGUUGAAAUGUAAUGUUUAGUAUUUGUCAACCACUGUACAGUAAACAAUUAUAAAAAUAUUAUUAUAUCAUCAUCAUAACCAUGGAGACUGAUGAUCAAGAAGUUAAAGAAGCCGAUGAUGAGAAAACAGAUCCAACGAACGACAAUGACAUUAUUAGAAAUGUUUCAGAGAAGGUUUUGUCUGUCAGAAGUGAAGAAAGUAUUCUUCGCGAAGCGUCAGAGGAAAUUGAAAAUAUUAUAAAAACAAAUGUACAUAUUGAAAAAUCUGAAGAUGUAAAAAAUGACGAAGACCUGAAAAAUAGGAAUGUAAAUAAUGUGCAACGAGUAGAAUUAGAGAAACAGGUUCUGACUGGAGAAAUUACACCGUUUCAAGCAAUUUCAAAGCAAUCUAACUCUUCAAAAUCUGCAGGGUCAUCGGGUAAAUCUUUUCAAUUACUUGACCUUGAAAAAUAUAUUCAACAGCAAGCUGAGCUUGCAAGGCAAAGAAAAGAAUUAAAAGAAAAGUCAAAACUAUCAAAAGAUGGAUGUCAAAAAGUAUCUCCGAAAAAGUCAAAAAUAUCAAAGACUAACCCAAAGGAAUAUAAAAUUGUUGAGCAACCAAAGUUAAAAAGUAGUAAAAGAAAAUUAGUGUCAGAAAAUGAGAAAACCAAAAACUUAAUGCAAAGUUGUAAUUACACUAACAAGACAAAGGAAGUAAAUGAUUCUAACAUAGAAAACAAGCAAUCCAUAAACACAACAAUUUCUUGCAAUGCUUUAAAGGAUAAUACAAAAGAAUUAGUUGAAAAUACAGAUGUAGUUCCUGCAAAUAUAGAAAAUGAUUCUGAUAGUGAAUACAUUCCAAGCGAUGAACAGAUUGAUUCAGAAGAUGAGUCAAGACCAUCUCAGAAGAAGAAAAAAAUUUCUGUAAAACCUGUUCACAAGAAAAGAGUUUUGGAUGAUGGAGAUGAACAAAUAUACAGGCAAAGACUGGAAGAAAGUGGACAUCCAACAUCUGAACCAUUGCAUAAAAUAGACAAUUUAUUUAAAAUUCCUCAGUCUAUAUGGAAAAAACUAUACAAGUAUCAAAAGGUAUCUGUACAGUGGAUGUGGGAAUUGCACUGUCGUAAUCUGGGAGGUCUAUUAGGAGAUGAAAUGGGAUUAGGGAAAACUGUACAAAUUAUUGCAUUUCUUGCAGGACUGGAUUGCAGUGAACUACUUUCUGAUGGUGGAAGGUUCAGAGGAUUAGGACCAAGUAUAAUUGUUUGUCCAGCUACAUUAAUGGAACAAUGGGUAAAACAUUUCCACGAAUGGUGGCCCAUUCUAAGAGUGGUUGUCCUACACCAAUCUGGAACAUAUAAUGGCAAUCUAGAGUACUUGAUACAUUCCCUGGGUUCUGGUGGUAUUUUAAUUACUUCCUAUUCCGGAGUACUCAACCAUAAGGACUUACUCGUAGCCAAUCAAUGGCACUAUGUGAUUCUUGAUGAAGGACAUAAAAUAAGGAAUCCCCAAGCGAAAGUCAGUAAAGCAGUAAAAGAAUUCUCCACUCCGCACAGACUGUUACUAACUGGCAGUCCAAUGCAGAACUCGUUAAAGGAAUUAUGGUCCCUUUUUGACUUCAUUUUGCCAGGUAAAUUAGGCACCUUACCAGCAUUUCUAGAGCACUGUGUUACUCCCAUAACACGAGGAGGAUACGCGAAUGCUAGUCCUCUACAAGAGGCUACCGCACUUCAAGUUGCCACAAUGCUUAAAGAUGCUAUUACACCAUACAUGCUUAGAAGAACGAAAAACGAUGUUCAACAUCAUGUUACUUUACCAGAAAAAAAUGAGCAGGUGUUAUUCUGCAGUCUAACAGAUGAACAGAAGAAAUUAUACAAGAAAUACUUAAGCUCAGAAGAUGUCUCCUUUGUUUUACAUGAAAAAACCCACAUGGAGGGUGGUAGAUAUAGAGCACGAUUGCUGAUAGCACUGUCGGCGCUUAGGAAAAUAUGUAACCAUCCCGACUUGUUUCUGUUUUCAAAUCCAAUCGAAUCUGAUGAGGACAUUGAUGUAUCGGAGGAAUCAUUGGAAAAGUUUGGCUGUUGGAAACGUUCUGGAAAGAUGACGGUAGUUCGUUCUCUUCUUAAAAUUUGGAAGAAGCAGGCCCAUAGGGUACUGUUGUUUACUCAAGGGAGACAAAUGAUGCAUAUAUUAGAGUCUCUAGUGCAAAGUGAAGAUUAUAAAUAUUUGAGGAUGGAUGGAACUACACCCAUGUCACAGCGACAAGAGAUAAUUCGUUUAUUUAAUAAUGACUCUUCAUACUUCGCAUUUCUAUUAACUACUCGUGUUGGAGGGUUAGGAGUGAAUUUAACAGGAGCGAAUCGAGUAAUUAUUUAUGAUCCAGACUGGAACCCAGCAACUGAUGCUCAAGCCAGAGAACGUGCUUGGAGAAUAGGUCAAAAUAAAAGGGUCACCGUUUAUAGGCUUAUUACAGCUGGUACUAUAGAAGAGAAGAUAUACCAUAGGCAAAUAUUCAAACUGCUUCUCUCUAAUAAAGUUCUGGAAGACCCUCGUCAACGAAGAUUGUUCAAAACGUCUGACUUAGUUGAACUCUUUAAUUUGAAUGAAUCCAUCGACGGACAUUCAAGCGAAUCCGAUCUCUUAUUCCGAGACUCUAAACUGACGCCAACGGUUGCUAAAUUUUCGACAAGUAAGAUUGAGAAAAUGCGGAAAUUAGCAGUCACGCUUAGUAAAAACAUAAGCAAACAAACUCUUACUCCUGCAUCUACAAUACAGAGUACUACUGCCUCAGAGAGUAAUUGCAUGCAAAAUGAUAAUAGUGAACAGGAUGAUUUGAAAGGUACCGAUCGUUGUACCAUAACAGAAGAGAAGAAUAAAAGUUCACCUCACGAACAAAAUGAAGAAACAUCUCGGAUUCAAAUGAAUGCAGAAUCCAAUGUAAAGAAAAAACGAAGCUUAGAGAAUGACGAAGACAAUUCACCAGAAAAGACAGUCAAUGAUAAUAGUGAAGUUGAAAGUAAAACGAAUUGUUUAGACGUUGAUACUGGAACAGAGGUAGAAUCUAGGAAUGAUGUAGGAAGUUCAUCCUGUAAUGAUUUAAAUAUAACGGAGGCCUCAGAAAAUUCAUGUAAAACAAGUAAAGCGACUUCUUUGAAUAAUAAUGAAGACAUCAGAUUAAAAUCACAUAAAUCACAUCAUAAGCAUAAGAGGAAAAAGAAAAAUUCUUCAACAGAAGGUAGUGAAGUUUCUGCCAUAUUUGAGGGAGAACGUGUUUCACAUUUAAUUGGCCGUCGUCUUGGACGGUCCGAGAAAGAUGAAGUUACACCGUCCGAAGAUGAUCAGUACGUGCUGAAGAAACUAUUUGCCAAAGCAAAUGUUACUUCUGCUUUCCAACAUGAAACAGUAUUAUCGAACUCAGGAUGUAAUCCAGAUAAUAACCCAAUGCAACGGUUAGCCCGAGAAACAGCUCAAGAAAGUAUGGAAAGCAUACGUAAAUCUCGGAAAUGGUGUUGGAGACCUACAUGGGAUUCUUCAUCUAAAACAGACGACUGAUUUCUUUUUAUGUAACGUGUUAUUACAUCGUACUUGGUAUUUAAAUUCAAUGUAAGUUAUAGUUUGUUAAAUGUUGAAUUCUUUUAUUUUAUAAUCUUUAAUUUUCCAGUUGGUACAAAUAAUAUAAUAAGAAAAGAACAUUUUGAUCUACAAACAUUUGAUAUAUCACAAUAAUUCAGAUGAACAUGUUAUAUUUAAUUUGAAGAUAUUUUUCGAAAACAAAGACAUUAUAUUUUCAUUUUGUAAUCGUGUUUGAAGUAAUUUUUUAUUUAUGAAAGUUUCUUUCUAAACUAAAUAUUAGUGAGAUAAUGGAAAUAUCUCAAACACUUACUGAUUUAUAGAGAAAUAAAUAUAAAAACAAUGAUUACUCUAAUAGUGAAAAUAAUUAUUACCAUUUUCAGUUAUUUAAAUUAUUCCAAUAAUAUCAAAUAACUAUAUUCCUUUGGUAUACAACUCAUUAUUUAAUUUUUAUGUUUAAUAGAAUGAUAAUUAUGAAGGCAAGUUCCUUCCAGAAAAUUUUGUUUAAACACCUUUCGUCAAAAGGUUUUAUAUAUUAUAUAUGUAAACAAUAAACAUUAUACGUAAAUAUAUAUUU